AUGACGACCGCGCCUCUCAAAAUCGGUCUGUUGGGCGGUGGACAGCUCGGACAGAUGCUGUGUGAGGCUACGAACCCUGAUGGUUUCGAAGUUGUCAUUCUCGACGCUGAGGAUGCACCUGCCAAGCGCAUAAAUGCCCACAAGGAGCAUGUGACGGGCUCCUUCAAAGAUGCCGCCAAGGUUCGGGAGUUGGCGGAAAAGUGCGAUGUGUUGACGGUCGAGAUCGAGCACGUCAACACUGAAGUGCUCGAGGAGGUCGCGACCAAGGGUGUGCGAAGUGCCUCUACGGGCGAAAUGAGGACAGUACCUGUCCACCCGUCUUGGCGCACUCUGCGGCUCGUACAGGACAAGUAUCUGCAGAAAGAACAUUUCCACCAAAGAGGUGUGCCCAUUGCGAGGCAAAUGGCUCUGGAUGGUGAUCUGGACUCACUCAAAGCGGCUUACGAGGCGUUGGCAUUCCCCUUCAUGGUCAAGGCUAGGAAGGGAUCAUACGACGGUCGAGGCAACUUCAAGGUGAAGGGCCCUGAAGACUUUGCCGCUGCCAUAGACGCACUCAAGGGGUUGCCGCUCUAUGCCGAGAAAUGGGUACCCUUUGUCAUGGAGCUGGCUGUCAUGGUGAUCCGGACUGAGGACGACGAGGGCAAUCUUCAAGGCGUCCACUCAUACCCGGUGGUAGAGACAAUCCACGAGGAUGAUGUCUGCAAGACAGUGAUUAUGCCACCACGCAAAGUAGGUGUAGAUGUCUGUGCAAAGGCGCGUCGAGUCGCCGAGGAGGUCAUAUCAAGCCUAUGGGGCAGAGGCGUGUUUGCAGUAGAGAUGUUCUUGUUGGAGGAUGGGACAAUCAUGGUGAACGAGGUUGCCCCCCGGCCACACAACUCUGGCCACUACACCAUUGAGGCUGUUCCCAACCUUUCCCAGUACAAGGCGCAAGCGCAUGCGAUCAUGGGCUACAUCCCUCCUCAACUCAAGAUUGAGCCGGCGGUUUCCAAAGCCAUCAUGCUGAACAUUCUCGGGGGCGCCCUCCCGGACUCUCACGACCGCCUCGUCCACCUUGCACGAACAGCGUACAUCGAGGGUGUGAACAUUUACCUGCACCUGUACGGUAAAGCGUCCAAGCCAGGUCGUAAAAUUGGUCACAUCACAUUCACUUCAUCCGCCGAUGUGGACCUCGAGCAGACCAUUGCGCCUUUCAUCAACGAGGUCGACAAGAUGCGUCUCGACCGCAUCAACACGUCUUCAACGACCAUGAGACCCUCUGCCGGUCCCUCAGAGCCAAAGGGACCCGAGGUCAAGUCGUCACGCAACGCCAAAUCACCGCUUGUCGUUGUGACCAUGGGUUCCGAUUCGGAUCUCGGAGUCUUGUCUGCAGGCUUGGACAUCCUUGAGAAGUUUGGCGUACCAUACGACUGCACAAUCACGUCAGCACAUCGGACUCCGGCGCGGAUGACUGAGCUGGCACAUGGUGCCGCUGGAAAGGGAGUCAAGGUUCUCAUCGCAGCGGCUGGAGGUGCUGCUCAUCUUCCUGGCAUGCUGGCUUCUGAGACCACCGUGCCUGUCAUUGGCGUGCCGAUCAAAGCUACUCAUCUUGAUGGCAACGACAGUCUCCUGAGCAUUGUUCAAAUGCCUCGAGGCAUCCCCGUUGCUACUGUCGGAAUUAAUAACUCCACCAAUGCGGCUCUGCUUGCCGUCCGCAUUCUAGGCUCGUACUACCCCGAGUACCAAGAGAAAAUGGCCAAACAUCAGGAGACGAUGAAGGUGGAAGUCGAAGACAAGGCGGCCAAACUUGAGGAUGUCGGAUAUCAGACAUACUUGGCGGAGAAGGCGAAGAAAUAG